GCGGCAGCGGCAGUGGCGGCGGCGAUUCAGUGGAGGAAGAUGGCGGCCCGGGGCGGCUUGGGGUCUCGCCUGCUGUGAGGACCCUCUCCCCCCCUCCCCCGAGUGCGGCAGACGCUGCCCGAGGCCGAGCGCCUCUGCCCCGGCCCUGUCCCGUACUCCGUCUUUACCGUCGCUGGCGAAGCAACCCGAGAGCGUGGUGCGGGCUGGGCCAGCUGUUGAGUGGAAUGUCAUGGCUAGCUCCUCGGACAGUGAAGAUGACAGUUUCAUGGCUGUGGACCAAGAAGAAAGUGUGCUGGAAGGGACAAUGGAGCAAGAUGAAGAGCCCCAGCCAGCAUUGGGAGUUGAGGAGACUAGGCAUAACAGGUCCAUGUUGGAACUGCCUGAAGAAGUUCUGGAGUAUAUCCUGUCCUUUCUCUCACCGUACCAGGAACAUAAAACUGCAGCCCUUGUCUGCAAACAGUGGUAUCGACUUAUCAAAGGUGUAGCCCACCAGUGUUACCAUGGUUUCAUGAAGGCUGUACAGGAAGGAAACAUUCAGUGGGAAAGUCGAACAUACCCUUAUCCUGGAACCCCGAUCACUCAGCGGUUCUCACACAGUGCAUGUUAUUAUGAUGCUAAUCAGUCUAUGUACGUGUUUGGAGGCUGUACCCAGAGCAGCUGCAAUGCUGCCUUCAAUGACCUCUGGAGACUUGACUUAAAUAGCAAAGAGUGGAUCCGACCUUUGGCUUCAGGGUCCUAUCCUUCUCCCAAAGCUGGAGCGACUCUGGUCGUGUACAAGGACUUGCUGGUGCUGUUUGGUGGGUGGACACGGCCGAGCCCUUAUCCCCUACACCAGCCAGAGAGAUUCUUCGAUGAAAUACACACUUACUCACCCUCAAAAAACUGGUGGAACUGCAUUGUGACAACCCAUGGACCACCUCCCAUGGCUGGCCACUCCUCCUGUGUGAUAGAUGAUAAAAUGAUUGUCUUUGGUGGCUCCUUAGGAUCCCGACAAAUGAGCAACGAUGUCUGGGUCCUGGACCUUGAGCAGUGGGCGUGGUCCAAGCCGAACAUCUCCGGCCCCAGCCCUCAUCCUAGAGGUGGCCAAUCUCAGAUUGUCAUAGAUGAUGCAACUAUCUUAAUCCUUGGAGGGUGUGGCGGUCCCAAUGCUCUGUUCAAGGAUGCAUGGCUGCUGCACAUGCACUCUGGUCCCUGGGCCUGGCAGCCACUCAAAGUAGAAAAUGAAGAUCACGGGGCCCCAGAACUGUGGUGCCACCCAGCUUGCCGGGUGGGGCAGUGUGUAGUGGUCUUCAGCCAAGCCCCUAGUGGAAGAGCACCACUGAGCCCCAGUUUGAACUCUCGCCCAUCACCCAUCAGUGCUACUCCUCCUGCCCUGCUCCCCGAAGCCCGAGAGUACCGUUCUCAGUCUCCAGUACGGGGUAUGGAUGAAGCUCCUUGUGUGAACGGUCGCUGGGGGACACUGAGGCCCAGGGCUCAGAGGCAGACCCCCUCAGGUUCCCGGGAAGGGAGUCUUUCCCCAGCCAGAGGAGAUGGCUCUCCCAUCCUCAAUGGCGGAAGUUUGUCUCCAGGAACAGCAGCUGCAGGUGGAUCUUCUUUGGACAGCCCUGUACAAGCUGUAUCUCCAAGCACUCCAUCUGCUGCUGAAGGAUAUGACCUAAAACUGGGCCUUUCUCUGGUCUCCCGACGAGGAUCACUGCCAGAUCAGAAAGAUCUGAGGUUAGGAUCCAUAGAUCUGAAUUGGGAUCUCAAACCUUCUUCCAGUAGCAAUCACAUGGAUGGUGUGGACAGCAGGACAGUUGGGGGAAGUGUGAGACAGCCUCCUGAGCAGACGAAUGGUGUGCACACCCCACCCCAUGUGGCCAGUGCUCUUGCUGGGGCUGUCUCCCCUGGUGCCCUGCGUCGGAGCCUGGAAGCCAUCAAAGCUAUGUCAUCCAAAGGCCCCUCUGCUUCUGCAGCAAUGAGUCCUCCUUUGGGGUCUUCUCCAGGUUCCCCUGGGAGCCAGAGCAGUGCAGAGACCGUGCCCAUCCCCCGCCCAGGGCCUGCUCAAGGGGAUGGGCAUUCCUUACCCCCCAUUGCCCGACGACUGGGCCACCACCCUCCACAGUCCCUAAAUGUUGGCAAACCCCUGUACCAGAGUAUGAACUGCAAGCCCAUGCAGAUGUACGUGCUGGACAUUAAAGACACCAAGGAGAAGGGACGGGUCAAAUGGAAAGUAUUUAAUAGCAGCUCUGUGGUGGGACCGCCUGAAACCAGCCUGCAUACAGUGGUACAAGGCAGGGGGGAACUCAUCAUAUUCGGAGGGCUCAUGGACAAGAAACAGAAUGUGAAAUACUAUCCAAAAACAAACGCCUUGUAUUUUGUGCGAGCAAAGAGAUAAUAUGUUCUAAACCCCUUCCCUUUCUGUGGCUUUUAAUUUGAAAUUUUCCAGUGUGCAAGCAUUUGGACUGAGAAUUGGGAAAACAACAAAAUUAUUCCCAUAAACCAAAACCCCAAAUCCCAACCUAACUCACUUCAGGUUGGGAUCAAAUCUCCAUUAAGAAGAAAAUUAUAUAUAAGUGUGUGUGUGUGUAUAUAUAUAUAUAAUUUAUAUAUAUAUACUCUGUUUACAGAAGGGGAGAGCUCUCCGCCCUGGUUCAGAUACGGUUGUUGCUGUGCUUUA